UGACACAUUUAUUCUUGUUCACACAUUUCUUAUUGCAAAGCAAACUACGAACGGGCUUUUGCAAGAUGUCAUUCAGUACUGGGGAUUCCGUGCUUGAUUCAACAUUGACCGACUGGCUGCGAUGGGACCAGAACCCUGAAUCCAAGUCUUUCAUCCAGAAACUGGUAGAAAGUAAUAAUGUGGAUGAACUGCGUAAUAGAUUGCUGAAGAGAAUGGAAUUUGGAACUGCAGGUUUGCGUGCAAAGAUGGGAGCUGGUAACUCUAUGAUGAAUGACUUGACAAUCAUACAGACGUCACAGGGAUUGGCAAUGUAUUUGGUCAGCUCUUCUCCCCAUGUAAUACAAAAAGGAGUGAUGAUUGGGUUUGAUGCCAGACACAAUAGCCAAAGGUUUGCACAGCUGGCUGCCAUUGCUUUCCUUCAGAAGAACAUCCCUGUUUACCUAUUUUCACAGAUAUGCCCAACACCUUUUGUUCCAUAUGCCACCGUGAAGCUAGGGUGUGUGUGUGGUAUUAUGGUCACUGCAUCACAUAACCCUAAGGAGGAUAAUGGAUAUAAGGUUUACUGGGAAAAUGGCGCUCAGAUUAUAUCUCCACACGACAAAGGGAUUUCCAAGAGUAUCACUGAGAACCAAGAACCUUGGCCUGAAGCCUGGAAAACGGACAGUCUGGAUAGUAACCCACUUCUUAAGCAACCUUUUGAAGAAAUCAAAUCCUCCUAUUUCCAGGAACUGCAAAAAAUCUGCUUUUUCAAAGAACUGAACCCAUCUUCCCCACUGAAGUUCACCUACACAGCUAUGCAUGGUGUGGGUUACCAGUUUGCUGUGAGUGCAUUUGAGGCAUUUCAUUUCAAGCCCUUCACUCCAGUUUUGGAACAGAUAGUUCCUGACCCAGAGUUCCCAACAGUGAAGUUCCCAAAUCCUGAAGAAGGGAAGAGUGCACUGGAUUAUGCCAUGAAGACAGCUGAUGAAAACCACAGUAUGGUGAUACUAGCCAAUGACCCUGAUGCUGACCGCUUGGCAGUGGCUGAAAAGCAACCAAGUGGAGAGUGGCAUGUGUUUACUGGCAAUGAACUGGGGGCAUUGUUUGGAUGGUGGCUGUGGUUUACCUUUAAGAAGGCAAAUCCAACAGAAACUGGGGCUGAUGUUUACAUGUUUGCCAGUACUGUGUCCUCUAAGAUCCUUCACAGCAUGAGCAAAAAGGAAGGUUUCAAUUAUGAGGAGACACUGACAGGGUUCAAAUGGAUGGGAAAUCGUUCACAUACGGUGAUACAAGAAAAGAAACGCGUGGUGUUUGCCUUUGAAGAGGCUAUAGGUUUCAUGUGUGGGUCCAUGGUACUGGAUAAAGAUGGCGUCAGUGCUGUGGCAGUGUGUGCCGAGAUGGCUACGUAUUUAUAUCACAACAACCUCACCAUUAUGAAGCAGUUAGACAAGAUAUAUGAAAUGUAUGGCUAUCAUGUGUCCAACAAUUCCUAUUUUAUCUGCCAUCACCCUCCAACCAUCAAAUCUUUGUUUGACAAUUUGAGGAACUAUGAAGGAUCUGGAAAGUACCCAAGCAGCUGUGGUCCAUAUGAGAUAAAACAUGUCAGAGAUCUCACUGCAGGCUAUGACAGCUCCCAACCUGAUGGAAAACCUAUACUGCCCACCAGUAAGUCCAGCCAGAUGAUCACCUUUAGUUUUGUCAAUGGCUGUGUGCUGACCAUGAGAACCAGUGGGACUGAACCCAAGAUCAAGUACUACUCAGAGUAUGUGGCUGAGCCAGAUUCAGGAAAAUCUAAAAAAGAAAUAGAAGAUGAACUGGCAGACAUAGUGCAGCAUUUCAUCGACAGGUUCCUUCAGCCAGAGAAGUACAAUCUCAUAGCAAGAACUUCAUGAUUGACCACUGGUCAAAACUUUGACCACUGUCCAAAACACAGUUUACACAGUUUUUACUGCAACAUCCUUUUUUCUCUGCUCAAUCAUUCCCAAUCCUGCCCAUGUGCUUGUAUGACACUGUAUUUGUACCACUGCCAUGGUUUUAAGACUUGUUUACACAACGAUGUAAAAAUUCCUCUUUUCUCUUUAGAAAUGAUUGUUGUUAAAUUAAGGAAUGUGGCAACAACUCAUUCAACCACACUCAAAGCGAUCCCUUAUAAAGUAAAGUCUGGUUCUUAUAUACAAAACUAAGCCACAUCUCAGUACAGUUUACAAUACAUGCCUGGCAUACCCAGUAUUUUUUGGCCCUGGUUUAAACUGGCUGUAGACACUCUCACCUCCUUGGGGAGAAUACAGCCUAGUUGCUGUAUAUGAUGCACUGAAAGCGAGCAAACAAACAAUACCUUUCACAGCCAGACCAGGCACUUUGCCUCUGCUUCAAUCUAGAAGUGCUGAGUGCUAAGUAAGGAGACGGGGGGUAGUACCCGGGGUGCUGUUGGUGAAGGACUGGUAUGUCCCCUGACCCAUGUCAUUGCUCCUGCUGCAGAAGCACACACUUACUACAAUGCCAUCUGGAUGGUAUAACAAUUUUUAUUUACAUGCUAAAAUUUCCCAACAUGAUGUUUUGCUUUUAAUGCCUGAAAAGGAUGAACCAAUUCAGGCUCUUGCCAAUUAUGUAUUUGAAAGUAAUUAAAGGUUUUGAAUCAUGGAAAAAUUGAGUAUAAGAAGAGGGAAUUUAACUAUGUGAGGAAUUGUAACAAUCUCAAAUUUGUACACUCAGAGAACAAAUGCAAAUUGUCAAGAAUAUCUUUUUUUGUUUGAGUGUUAAGCUAUGUAGCAGAACAAUGCUCAGAGAGCAAAGUACGCACUUCUGUGUACAAACUUAGUCAUACUAUUCAUAGAAAAAGCAACUAAAUGCUCCUGUCAUCAUGGUGAAAAGUGUCACAAAACUUAAGUGUCAGAGACAGUCAGGGUGUUAUUUUUAUCUCUCAUUACCUCAUUUGAACAAGAUACUCUAAUUUUGGGCACAGGAGUGGAAUUAUAUUAUAUAAAUAAUAUAUGAAUUUUCUGUAUCCAAUAUUUUCUAAUUGUAACCAUAAAUCAAAAAAUCAAACAAAUAUUGAUCUUUUACUUUAAGUAUUGCAAUGAAUUAAUGAUAUCUGUAUAUGUUGAUAUGAAGGUUCAGUCAAUUAAAGAAUAAGACUUUUACUCACUUUAAAUUGUUAUCAUUUUUAUUAUUAUUAUUAUUAACCACCUUGCUUUAAUAAAGUGCAAAUGGCUCCUUUUUAAAAGUGCUUUGAGCUUACUUAAUCCCUAGUUUUCAUAUUCAUAAACAUUGUAUAUUUUACCACAAUCUAAAAAGCUGAGUAUUUUAGUACAAUGCUUUACUUUGGUAUAUGUGUCAAGUCAAAUCAUGGAUUAUAUAUAAUAAAUGUUCAGAUUGUGCAUGGCAAAAUAGUUCAUUUCUUCUACUGUCAUUCAGCAUGGAAUACACACAAAAUUAUGAACAUUAUUUUACUACAAGUCAUUUCAUUUUUGUAGUCAAUAUACACAGUAUUGCUGAAUGACGAUGGUGUGGCAAUUUUAGUUCUUAGGUGCAAUAAAUGCCAUCAUUUGUAUUGACUUUAA